AUGUUAUUAGAACAGCAUGGACAGCUUCUUAUGGUUGGAUUUUCUGUUAACGGAGUAAUAAUACUAACUUUUAUGUGGGUUUUGAAGGCAUUCCUUGAGGUUGGAUUUUCUGUUAACGGAGUAAUAAUACUAACUUUUAUGUGGGUUUUGAAGGCAUUCCUUGAGUCUCAUGGAAGAGACGGAAGAAAACAAGACACGCAAGAAAUCUUCACCCCAAAACUAAAAACUCCUCUUCCCAGACGGAAGAGAAGAAGAAAAAAGUUUAAUGGCACAACAACAAAUCCAAGGCUAUCAGUUUUCUAUUCAGGUAAGCAGUUAUAUGCUAUGGUAGUAAAUGAUCAGAACAAAAGGUGUUUGUUCUAUGGAAGCACUCUACAGAAAUCAAUUCGCCAGGAUCCAUCUUGCACCACCAUUGAAGCUGCUCAACGUGUUGGUGAAGAGCUUGUCAAGGCAUGCAUCGACCUUGACAUAAAUGAAAUUUCAUCAUAUGAUCGCAAUGGUCUUGCAAGAGGAGAUAGAAUGCGGGCAUUUGAGAUUGCCAUUUCUCGUCAUGGGUUCUUGCCACGAUAACGUUGCAAUAUU